AUUAUUUUAUCCCAAGACAGUCGUUCGGGAGCUUUUGCGUCUUUUGAUGGCCGUAACCGACAAGAACUUCAUAGAGGGGACGGGUGAGUGGACUUCGAUAAUUUUCGUUUGAUAUUAACAACGUAACAAAGCUGUGGCAAUAAUAUUUUAACCGUGAAAGCACUGACAUGGUAGAGCCAGUCAACUCUAGGUCCCUGCAGGCAGGAAUAGAACCUGCGACCCUGCGAUUCAUGCAGUGCAGUGCUCUAACCAACUGAGCUACAGAGUCCAGUUGUCGAGUUCUAACCACAAGUUCAUGUAUGGUUAGUGCCAUGUUAGGUUAUGGGUAAAUAUCAAGAUUUUGUUGGCGUCUCAUGCACUCGAUAUCGAAUAAUAGUUGAAGGGUCUCUUGAAUCUCAGUAUAAGUUAUAAUAAUCUUGAACUGUCUUUGUCAGUGUAUGCAGUGCCAAUCAAAUGAACAUUAAGCUUUCGUUGGUAGUGAUGCAACUGAAAACUAUAGGGAGAAUUUCGAUGUUUCGAGCGAAUUAGGCUCUUCGUCUGGAGUUACUGUAGUGCUGAAGGGCCUUCGCUCGAAAUGUCGAAGUUCUCCUUAUAUUUUUCCAACGAAAGCUUGUUCGGUAUAAGCUAAAGUGGCACUCGCGUCAAAAUUUUUAUUUUCUUAUUUUCUUAUUUUCUUAAAAUGCUCUUAAAACUGUAUAGUAACUCGUUUUGAAGUUUUUGUUCCCAUGCUUAGUUCUUGAGAUACUUUAUCUUGAUAUUUGCUGUAUUGGUGUAAUGUACUCAGGUGAAUAAGAUGCUUGUGUGAUGUUACUCUGACACUCAGAAUAACAUCACACAAACAUAUUUUAUCUUGUUUGUAACCAUGUGAUGUCAAUGACUCAAUUACAUAUAUAAUGACACAUCAGUUUGUGUAUCUUUGCUAUUUUUUAUCAAAUCUUUUCAAAGAUGCGGCGCGUUUCUUAAUUUAAUAACCUACAUCAUUAAAGGUGAUCUACAGUCCGUAUGUAAACAAAGCCUUUGUUUACAUUUUUGUGUCCAAAAUAUUGAGCUUUAUUCGACAACUAUUUAUAUUUUCAAGCUUCUGGAGUAUAAUAAAUGAUCAACAAACAACAAUUAGGCUUUUCAAGAACUCAAAACAUAGUUAAACUGUUUGUAUCAUAAAAAGUGGGCUCAUUUGUGCACAUGCGCAGAUCGGACUGUAGAUCGCCUUUAAGCAUACUGUUUUUUUUUUAACAAAUCCAUCAAAAACAGCAAAGAUACACAACAAUUACUGAUGUCUCAUUAUAUAUGCAAUUGAGUCAAUGACGUCACACGGUUACAAACAAAAUGAAAUAUCUCAAGAAUUAAGCAUGGGAACAAAAAUCUUCAAAACAAGUUACUAUACAGUUUUAAGAGCAUUUUAAGAAAAUAAGAAAAUAAAAAUUUUGACGCGAGUGCACCACUUUAACCUUUUGUAUGAUUAAGGCAUACAGCAAAGCCGUAAUUAACGACCUGAGAUUUGCAGCAACAAAAUGUGGUCAUAUUGUGGCAAUCUAAUUUUCCACGCUAAAAUUUCUUUCCUAAAUUUUUAUUACAGUAUUCGAAUAACGACCUCGGUGUACCCAGUCCCAUGUCUCACACGCGAAGACCAAAUCACCGAUUGGUUCACGAGCCUUGGCGAGUGCUUACAUUGGAAUGUCAGGCAAAAACAGAAACCUUAUUCAAUGUCAUGCUGA